GUCAGCAGCAGCACAGCGGUGGCAGCUGGGUCGGAGCCCCAGAAACCCCAGUCCCCGCCCCACCCCGCCGUGUCGGUCAGCAGCGGGGAAUUUGAUGUGGAGGAGUACCUGCUCCCCGGCGCGCACGCUGCCCGGCUGUUGCACCGCGUGAGGCGGGCGGAGCGCAUGCUGCUCAGCUACGACAGGACGGGCUGGCUCGACGACCAGCCCGCCCGAGUGACCGGGCGGUUGGAGAUCCGCCCCGCUGCCGAGCUGGGUCCCAUCAUCCUGUGUCUGGACACCUCGGGGUCCAUGAGAGGGGCGCGGGAGACGGUGGCCAAGGCACUAGCGCUGGAGUGCCUGCGGGGGGCGCACAAGCAGCGGCGGGCGUGCUACCUUUACGCGUUCUCGGGGCCAAGUGAGGUCCAGGAGCUGGAGUUGUCCGUUGACGCUCCCUCCCUGGACCGCCUGCUGACCUUCCUGUCCUGCUCCUUCAGCGGGGGGACGGAUGUGGAUGCGCCGCUGAAGCUGUCGCUGGAGAGGCUGGCGAAGGCCGAGUGGUCCCAGGCGGACAUCCUGAUGGUGACUGACGGGGAGAUCCCCGCACCGGACGAGGACAUACUGCAGGCCAUCUCCCGCGCCCACAGCGAGAUGGGUUUGGAGGUGCACGGACUGCUGGUGGCUAACCAGGUGACUGAGCCCAUGCGGCGCCUGUGUACGGACGUGCAUGUGUUCAAGAGCUGGAAGGCGGUGCCGGGGGGGAGCGAGUUCGCGUUUGCGUAGGGAGG